CAUAUAUACUACAGUGAUAAAAGCAGACCAAGAUAUUGUAUCUGUCAAUGUUCCCGGAAGCGUAUCUGGGGAUGUUGCUGGAAACAAAAAUCAGCCUUCCAAUGUUCUACAAGUAAUGGACUAUUCUGUGCCGAAAAGAUCAACUACGUUUUUUGGAUCUACAAUUGGUUCAUUUGUAGUGAUAGUUAUUGCUGCCGGGAUACUUAAGGUUUCGAUAGCAAGCUUUCAUUCCAUUGGGGAAUUCUCAAGUCCAUUUCCUUCUUUAUCUCAGCCUGAGAGUAAUCUUUUUAGAAUUGCAUGCCAUCUUCAGGUUAUUGCAUUAUCUGGAUGGUUGGCAGUGAGACUGCCAGUGGAGUAUUAUGAAUUGACAAGGGGUUUGCAAUGGAGCAUUCCCUACUUAAGUGUUCCAUGGGAAAGGGAAACUGCGCACACCCGUCUGGUCAUGGAGAACUCGAGUCUCUCUGCCAUUACACACGUCUGAAAUUCAUUAUUCGGGAAUCUUUCGGAGUAAGCAGCCAACACCAAGUUCCAAUAGUGGGCCCAUAGCUUCAAUGGUUUCGAAGGAUUUUCAAUCACUACUUGAGACACCACAUCUUAAUUCUACUCUUGAUCCAAGUAUUUUACAUGGGUGGAGGGAUUUUAGUAGAAGCAUGUUCUGGUUAGCCAUAAUUGGUGGCGGUUUGAUAAACCUGCAUGCUUUACUCCUUCUCUUCCUAAAAUUGAAGAAGAAGGAUUAUGGAGUACAUACAUUCUCAAGAUUUGAAAUAGUCAUGGUAAAUCUUGCGCUACCUGCUAUUUCUAAGUCCUCUGCUGGUCUAAUUAGAGGAAGAACGGCAUUGGGGACUGCUGUUGGCGUUCUGCUUCUGGGUGUCGUGUGUAUUCUACUGCUGGCCUUGCUCUUGUUCCUCUCUAUGGGUAUUUCAUUUGCAAAGCUACUUCAAUACAAGGAAGUUCAUCAAGAGGGUCGGGGUUUCCACUGGUAUCAAAAAAUAGUCCGGGUAUUUUUGGUUUCUGGUAAGGGAGGCGAGUGGACAUCGAAAAACCCACAGAAUUCAAAUUAUCUAACCAUUUUAGAGCCUCUAUUUAAAGAAUUUAGAGGCCCUCCAAAGUCCAAGCUCUCACAGAUUUCUGGGGGCAGUUCCCAAUCACAAGGUGCAGAUGACAAAACUGAAGAUGCAGAAGCACCUUUUAUCCAAAAGCUGGUUGGAAAACUCAGAAUAUACUACAUAUUGCUUGAGUCUGUUAUCCAAAAGCUAUGUGGAGAACUCAGAAUAUACUACCUAUUGCUUGAUUCCGUGAAACGUGUUUUGCUAGCGAUUGUGGGUAGUGUCUACGUGGGCAACUCUUCUUCUAAGAUUCCUACCAUAAUCUCUUUAUGCAUCAGUUGUUUUCAGCUCUUCUUCCUUGUUCUCGGGAAGCCAUAUGUUAAGAUAAACAUUCAGCUGUUUGAGAUCAUAUCAGUUUCCAGUGAAGCAUGUAUAUUUGCUAUUUCAUUAGUUCUCCCAGAGGAGAAAUUGUCAGACAAGGAUAAGCCUAAACUUGGAGUUCUCAUGCUUAUACUUGUCCUAGUGGGAAUUUUACCACAGAUAAUGAAUGAAUUGUAUGCUUUGUAUAAACAGAUAAAGCAGCUGGACGUUAAGAAGCAUUUCUUAACCGGUUUGAAAAAAGCUUCAUCUGGAUUAACUAACUUUGCUUUUCGGCUCAAAGGAGUUUUCACUAAGCAGCCCCCAGGUUUAAAGGAUAAUAUUGCAGACUCCAACUCUAAACCAACCUCUGUUGCAGAUGAGGAUACAGCUACCUCUACCUCUACCUCUUAUCAAUUCAAAUCUCCAAAUCAAGAUUGAACAAAAAUUCACCAGUCCUUCGGCUGAAAGUAACGGGAACUCUAGGAGUAGAAACAGGAAGAAGAAUUCUUGGAGUAGGAACUCGAACAACUGUUCCAGAAAAAUCAUGGUUGAACCAACACCACUCUUUGAUUUAUUAGGUGCUAUCUUUAGUUGCUUAGUUGUUACGUGUUAGGAUAGACUUUAUCCAUGUUAGUUCACCUCAGCUUUAUCUUAGCUUAUCAUUUGUUUUAGUUCACCUCAGCUUUAUCUCAUUGUUGAGUUACGUUUUCAAGCA